AUGGUUGAGCAUGGGAGAUGGAAAUGUCUGGGGAGGAACGUGGCGGUGAUGGAACUGCAGAAGGUCUUCAUCGAGUUGCUGCGAAGGUAUGACCUGGUCCUGUGUGAACCGACGAAGCCGUGGAAGUCAUUGAAUUACGGGAUGUUCCUGCAGUCUCAGUUCUGGAUCAAGGCAUAUGCCAUAAGAGAAUACAUGGCGGCAAGGAAUGUUUGCACUGCCGCUCGUUUCCAAUCUAGCAAUGAAAUGAUGUCUGCGUCAAUCAUUGUCUAUGCACGGUUGGCCAGGCUUGAACAGAUCGUAGGAGUCGUCCUGACAUUCCCUACCAAAUGGCCUGAUAUGCCGAGCGACGGAACAACUGCGCCGGUCGAGCUUCAUCAACUGAGGGUCAGAUAG